UUUGUCUUUUGGCUUUAAACAUGAGCGACCUGCUUUGAUGCCUGCAUGUUAAAAGUUCACUGUUAGAUGUCUGAAUCCCCUUGAGAAGCUAAUAGAUCUGAAGACAAAGAGAAGGAUAGUGGACUUGGGUGAAACUGGAUUAAGUUGAUGUUUUUAUCUUUUAAUGAACAGGCAGAUUUUCUGUUGGGCUUUUACUGAAUUACCAGUCAGGGUCAGAGAAUCAUCGGAGCAGGAUCAUGAAAGGCAGGUGGUUAGCCCACUUCUCUCCUCUCGCACGCUUUCUCUUUUUGAUGAGUCCCCUGCUGGUGUGGAGCCAAAAUGACACAGAGCCCAUCCUGCUGGAGGGAAAGUGUUUAGUUGUGUGCGAUUCCACUCCCACAACAGAACCGGCUGGGAACGCCUUGGGAAUGUCGGUGCGGUCUGGGACCGGCCGCAUCGCCUUCUCGGCUCUCCGGAACAACAACCUGGAACCCUCUGAGAUGAGCAACCGAACCAUGAUCAUAUACUUUGACCAGGUUCUGGUAAAUGUGGGGGGUCAUUUUGAUCCAGCACGAAGUAUUUUCCAGGCUCCUAGAAAAGGAAUAUAUAGCUUCAGUUUCCAUGUCGUCAAAGUUUACAAUCGACAGACAAUACAAGUGAGUCUAAUUGUGAACGGUUGGCCGGUCAUCUCAGCCUUUGCUGGUGAUCAGGAUGUAACUCAUGAGGCAGCGACUAAUGCAGUUCUGGUUACCAUGGAGAGAGGAGACAAGGCUUACCUUAAACUAGAGAGAGGCAACCUGAUGGGAGGCUGGAAGUACUCCACAUUCUCCGGGUUCCUUGUUUUUCCCUUAUAGAACGGAUUGUAAGAGAUGUGUACGAUGUUCUAGUGUGACUGAUGUUUCUAUAAAAAACUGUGUGCAUUAUGCUUUCAUUCUUAAAGGGUUAGUUCACCCCAAAAUUACAAUUUGAUCUUAAACCACACAGAGGUAAGAGAUUUAUGAUCAAAUUGUAAUUUUGGGGUAAACUAACCCUUUAAGAAUACCAAUAUAUAUAUACAGUACACUAUACCUAAACAAUAUAUAAAUCUUUACCACAAAUUCAAAAUAUGCCCUGAAUCUCUUAGAAACAGUGAUGUUACUGUAAGUUAAAUCAACUAAAACUCACUAUUGCAAUCUAAUAUUGGUCUGUAGUUAUUAACUUGCUAGGAAUAAAAGAAAAAUCUUUAUUUUAUUCACUAUUUUAUCAUCUUUCUUACUAUACCUGGAGGAUACAGAUAUGCACUUUGUUUAAAAAAAAUUUUUUCCAACAAUAAAAGUAUUUUACAGUUACUGUACACUGUAAAAACUGCUGUUAAAAAGCGGCCAGAUUCUACAAAACAGUAAAGUAUUGUAGAAAUGUACAUGCAUGCAUCCUAAACUCAAGGCAACUGGUUUCCAAUUUACUGUUAAUUUACGUUAGCGUUUUUUUUACAGAGUACGUUACCUUACCAUGUUGUGAUGCAUGAGACAAUCAGUGAAUAUUUUCUCUAUGUAAAAACAUAUAAUAAUUCUUAUGUCUUUCCAUAUGUUAUUUACUGCAUGUAGUGAUGCACAAUGUGCAGUUUAUAGAAGUUGUAAAUCAUUGCGUUUUAUUCGUCCAUGUUCUGAAGGUCAAAGUGUAAACGGUCACAAUGGUGGAUCGAGUUUCUAUUUAUCAUCAUUAGCAGCCAUCUGUCCUUCUGGCUUCAAAACUUUUACCUUGCUGCCCGGGAACAGAAGCUCUGCGUGGACACAUUGGUCAUAGAUCCAACUACAACUAUGCCAAAACGUCACAGGGAUUCAAAAGACUCUACUGAAUAAUCUUAGCUCAAAUUCAAUUCAAUUCAUAUUUAUUUGUAAAAGCUCUUUUAACAGUGCAUAUUGUUUCAAAGCUGCUAUUAUACAAAACACAGACAGCGGAAAUUCAUAGCACUGUAAAAACAUUAAGACUGAGACAUUCCCAUAAGAUUCAACAACAGCCAUGGAAAACACUUUUAACUUGGCAGAAUAUCAAUAAUAAAAUCCAUUUAUCAAACA